AUGGUGCUUCCAGGCGGCAGCGGUGCAGCGACACCUAGCGGCGCGGAGGCUCCCGGCAGCUCUGUUCCGGGCGACGCACGCUCAGAAGCAGUUGAUGACUCCGUGCCCACAGCAGGCGCGGCUGAAGGAGGGGCUGCUGGCUGCGCAGGCUCAAUGGAAGAUGGGGUGUUCCAGCUGAUGACAAACCACGAGUGUCACUUCAUCAACGGCACCGAGCAGGUGAGGUUCGUCGAGAGGCACAUCUACAACCGGGAACAGUUCCUGCACUUCGACAGCGAUGUGGGGGUCUAUGUGGGGGACACCCCACAUGGGGAGAUCCAGGCCAGGCACUUCAACAGUAAACGGGAAUGGCUGGAGUACAAACGCUCUGCGGUGGACAGGUACUGCCGGUACAACUACAAGGCUGAUGCUCCGUUCACCGUGGAGAGGUGA